AUGCUCUUCAACGCUCUUGUCGGCUUUUCGUUGGCCACUGUCGCCAUUGCGGCUCCGUUGACGGCAUCCGGCCUCAACAGUACCCAGUGGACACCGGAUCAUAUCCUCCAGCCAGAUGAAGUUAUCUUGUACGGAGAGGGCCGAAUGGAAGUUGUCCACGAAACCGUCUACCACGCACUCCUCGCCUCGCAAGAGAUUUCGCUCGACGUGCCCGAGGUCGACGAUAUCACCCGCAGUAUCGCCAACAAUGGCCGCAACGAAUCCCACCUGAACGCCCGAGCGGACUGCGCAUUCACUACGGCCGUGGUCACCGACAGAUCCCAGACCUUCAUCGACUGGGACGUGCAAAUGUCCCCCGUCGUGAUCGGCACUGGAACCGGCAUUGACGUCUACGUCAGUUCCGGAUACACCGUAAGCAACAGCAUCAAUGUCAGCGGCGGCCUGGACUGGAAGGCGAUCAAGGAUAAGCUGGGCGUUUCUCUCGGAAUCGAUUAUACCCGCACCUGGUCUACCCAGACUGUGAUCAACAUCAAGGGGAAUGUUGCGGAUGGUUAUUCUGGAGUGAUGAUUACCAAGCCUAUCAAGACUCGCCGGUUUGGUCGCGUUUUGACUGGUUGUCUUGGCUCGCAGACUCAGAGUGGAACUUUCCAGGCGGACUCUUAUCAGGAGGGUUCUUAUGCUGGGGUGAAGUGGGUUUCUGGUGCUAUUACUAUGUGCACGAAGAAGGAGUUCCCGCUGUCUCGUUGCAAUGGACUUGGAAACUUUAUUUAA